GAGACGCCAUUCUUCCAUCCAAGAGUUGCAAAAUCUGAUAGGUUUUGUCUCCAGAAUGCCUAUAAAAUAAGCAUCCAAAAAAAAUGUGGAUCAUUACAAUCAAAGGUAGCACUCUGCAAUUGGAGAUCACCGUGAUAAUAUCUUCAUCUUCUACCUUCAUGUUCAGGAUAUCAUCAAAUGACUUGUUACAACAAGAGAAAGGUUAACUUUACUGGAACACACGGAUCAUCGUCACAGUCAUCAUUGUCGACUGCGCAUAAGUUCGGCAAGUUUAGAACACGUGUCGGAGGUCCUAAACUGCCCACAACAUCAACAACUAUGGAAUGGCGUCCCAUAAUUGCGGCUUCAUGGGAAAUCCUAUACUGCGAAGAAGAGGGAUCUAUCCCUUGGAAACGGAUUGCGAAGACUCAAAAGUUAAUGAAAACUUGGGCAUUGGACGAUGAGUUUAAAAGAUGCUGGGAAUGGGAUGCUUCUUCGGGUGAAGAAGCGUUAGGAAAAGUAAAGGAUCGGUACUGGCGUAAGCUAAAUGGCAUUCCCUUCAAAACUCUGACAAACGAAGAGUCUGCUGACAUGUAUAAUGAUACAAAUAUUGAUUGGAACCCAAAUAUAGAUCCUGAAAUAUCAUUGUCUUUAGACAGAGAUGAUGCCAUUUUUAAUGAAGGCUGGAGUGAUCGGUUUGCUGAUGAUUAUUUGCGCAACAAGGAUGAAAAGUUUACUGUAGGAUGGGGCACUUACUUUCAGGAUCCUAGGAAGACGAAUACAGGAGAAUGAAUAUAAGAAUAUAAUUGAUCAUAUGUUGGUGAGUUGGUCAUUAAAAUAUAUAUAUAAUUUUCACAUUUGAUUUUAUUGUGUAAUAAUUAA